GUGCAAUUGAUAGAGAAGUUGCAGUCUGUUCAACAGUUUUUCGCCAAAGAAAUACAAAAUGUCCUGGAUAAUCACUCUGUCAUGGGAAAAGAUAUUGAAGAUCUAAAAGUUAAUUACCAAACAACGUCCCAACAAUUGCAAACUUUACAAAACGAAGUGUCAAAACUUUCUAUAGCACACGAGAAAAUACCUUAUCUUUUUAUGUUGCCUGACAGAACAGAAUGGUUCUCUUGUCGAGAUUCUGAACUGGAAAAUCUUCACACACUUCUUCAGAUCAAUGAUGAUAUCAAUGAAUCAAAAGUUCAAAUUGCAUCCGUGUGCGGGUUAGGAGGAUGUGGUAAGACGAGCCUUGCUGCGGAAUAUGUACAUCGAUGGAAAGAUUAUUAUGAAGGAGGCGUAUUCUGGUUCUCUGGCGAAGAUGAAACAAGGUUUGCUAACUCGGUAGAUGACCAUGCGGUGUAUCUUGGAACAUUAGUUGAAGCAUCAGCUGGUAGAGCUCUUCUUAAAACCCUGGAAGAAAUUUCCAAGAUUAAAAAACCUUGGCUACUUGUCCUUGACGAUAUGGAUGAAUUCAAGCUUUGCUCCAAUAUUGGAAUGUUGUUGUCUGGUCCGUGGAAACGCAGAGUAAAAGGAUCUGGUCAUAUCUUGAUAACUACAAGACGAGAGCCGAAAGUAAUGCGUGAAACCGUUCGUGGUCUCAUAGAGUCCCAGUGUCUUCAGCUCGUCUGCUAA